CUUAUUGUAUUUGUAUGCAGGUGGCAAAGGCUUCAAGGAGACGUACGCAAUGAAAGUUUGUGCGAGGUCCCUGGAGAAAGAUGUGAGAGGCAUGGCCAUUCUAGACGUUGGACUAAUGUCGGGUUUUAAGCCUGUUGCAGCCGACUUGCAAGAGCUCGUGAACAAAAAAAUUGUGGACAACUAUGAGUUGAGCCAGAGGAGCGUGGUGUUUUACCUCCCAACCAUUCCGGCAGACAAGGAUGUGUGCGUCGAGUUCGGUCUAGAUCAAGAAUUCACCGUGGGCAAACUCCAGUCGAGCUCCGUUAAGGCCUACGCAUACUACAAUCCCGGUAUAUCGUGCACCAAGUUCUACGCACCGAACAGUGCAAGCCCUUUGCUGAAGAUGGAGUGCAAGGAUCCGGGCCACUCUGAUGUGUGCACGUGCUUGGAAGGCGGUUGCCCAGCCGAGAAAGUGUCGGAGAUGUUCACUAAAAACGAGAACGAAGUUUUCAUGACAGCGGAGUGCCGAGAAGCCCUGAGAGAACACGCGUGCGACGCAGUAGAUUUCGUGUGGCUCGGCACAGCAGAGACCAAAACUUACAAAGACGGUUUUCUCGAGGUUUCGUUCUUCAUCACGAAAGUGCUCAAACCGGGCACCGAGACAGAGGAAGACCUCACCAACUAUACGCGUGUCAUCAAGGCUCGCGACCACUGUGAGUCGCUCCAGAUAAAGGAAGGUAGCGAGUAUAUCAUCAUGGGCAUGGACCCCAAGUAUAAGGUGGAGGAUCGCUUCGGCGAUGAAAAAUACGAGUACCUGAUGGACAGCGACACCAUUGUGAUCGAAGUACCCUCGAAGAAGAACAAGAGAUUGGGAGCGGGCGGAAAGGCGAGGAACACUGAUAGGUCAGGACAGCCACGCGGUCGAAAGACGAAAGAAAAUCCGGCAAACCAGCCGUGCGACUGGCAGAAGCUUGUCGUCUGGUUCAUCAACGAAUUCUCCGACGAGACGACGCGCUGCUUCACCUGAACACUUACUGGUUUAGCACUACUUUUCUUUGACCUGUUAGGUGCAGUCAAAGGAGAAUAAACACUAGGAACAGUUUAUUCAAA